AUGGACGCCUCCUCCCUCCGCAUCUCCAAGUUCGAUGGAACUAACUUCCACGCCUGGAAGUUCAAGAUGCAGAUGGUGCUGGAGGAACGGGACCUAUGGGAGGUCGUCAGCGGUGAGAUCAAGGCGGAACAGUGCGAGACUCAGUUGGACCAAGCGACGUACAAGAGGAAGUCAAGAAAGGCGAUGGCAGUGAUCUGUCUAGCCAUGGAAGAUUCCCAGCUACCGUUGGUCCGGUCGGCAAGUGGUGCAUGCGACGCAUGGUCAAGGUUGGAAGACCACUUCGAGAAGAAGAGUCUUGCCAACAAGCUGUUCUUGCGCCGUCGCUUCUUCACGACAAUGAUGGAAGAAGGCGACGAUGUGCUCGAACACAUCAACAAGCUCAAGACGCUGGCGGAACAGCUAGAAGCGGUGGUGGCUCCAGUCUGCGAGGACGAUCUGGUGAUCACACUUCUCGGCAGCCUGAGUGACUCGUAUCAAUUCUUGAUCACAGCUUUGGAGUCGCGCUCAGACACUCUUAGCUGGGAGCUCGUGACGUCUCGACUGCUUCAUGAAGAAAUGAAGCGGAAGGAGCAAGGAAGUAAAGGUGAUGAAGCUUCGCAAGGUCAAGCGUUCAUCACAAGGGACAAUCAGCGCAAAUGGCGACCAGUGAAGAAGUCCUGGCCGUGCCACAAUUGCGGAAAGAUUGGUCACUGGAUGGCGGAGUGCCCCUCGCGCAUCCAAGAAAACACGGAGAGACACCGGCCACAGCGUGCUCAAGACAGUGGCGACCGUUAUCGAUCACAACGUGCAAAUGUCGCUCAAGAAAAAGACUCGGACGACUACCUCUUCUCGAUCGGUGAAACGACAUCUGCGAAAUCAAGCGACAUCUGGCUGGUCGACUCCGGGGCGACGCAGCACAUGACGUGCUCCAAGAAGUUCAUGCGGAACUACAAGGUGUUUGACGCUGUGGAUGUCCAUCUCGCGGAUGAUGGAACCGUCCAAGCAGUCGGCAGUGGGGACAUUGUCAUGUCGAUGAAGACACCCUAA